AUGGAACGGCUUGACAUCGGCCAGCGAAUAGCGGACCGGUACGAUAUCACACGAGUCAUCACGCACCUGAGCGUGUACGUCGGCGCAGACAUUGUCACAAAAGAAGAAGUAGCCCUCAAACUCAAUAGCUACAUCGAUAGGCAUAGGAGCGAAGCCGCCUUUUACGACGCCAUCGCACAUCUUGAGGGCUUCCCAAAGUGCAUCGGGGCGUGGGCCAACGGGGAUUGA